AUGACAUCUGAUAACUGAAGUGGCGGUAGCGAGUGCGUGAUGCUGUUGAAAAUUUAAAACUAUAGCUACCAUAGUCCGAUAGGUUAUCUAGGUAUAUCUUCAUCGAAAUCAAUAAUAAAAUAAACCCCCCCCAGCCUGCGUCCUAUUUAUUUUGCGCAUGCUUCCUAGGUCUCAAACAAGGUGACCUAUCUAGAUGCACUAGAUUUUACGAUCGAUGCCGCAACAAGUGGAAAACAAAGCCAGUUUCUGUUUGGAAAAUAAGUGUAAACAUUGGUUUUUAAGCUGUGUUUUGUGUUCUGUAGCGUCUCAAAAUGAGGAUUGCUAUAGAGGGAUGCGCUCAUGGGGAGCUAGAAAAGAUAUACAAGUGUAUUGAGGUGCUUCAGAGGAAAAGGGAUUUCAAACUGGAUCUACUGAUAUGCUGUGGAGAUUUCCAAGCUGUCCGCAACAAUGACGAUCUGCGCGCCAUGGCAGUGCCUGAAAAAUAUCAGGAUAUUUGUAGCUUUUACAAAUACUACAGCGGGCAGCGGCGUGCCCCUGUCCUUACAUUGUUUAUCGGAGGCAAUCAUGAAGCCUCCAACUACCUUCAAGAGCUCCCGUAUGGCGGCUGGGUCGCCCCCAACAUCUACUACAUGGGCCGCUCUGGUGUGGUUCAGUUUGGAAACCUGCGUAUUGGAGGUUUGUCUGGCAUCUACAAAGGGCAUGACUACCACCACGGGCUCCAUGAGACUCCGCCGUACCACCGCAGCUCCAUCCGCUCCGUUUACCACAUCCGCUCCUUGGACGUGUUCCGCCUGAGCCAGCUGAAGGAGAAAGUGCAUGUGAUGCUCUCUCAUGACUGGCCUAAUGGAAUCACGAACUACGGAAACAAACAUGCUUUGAUAAGGAAGAAGCCAUUCUUCAGGCAAGACAUCCAGAAUAACCGGCUCGGCAGCACCCCAGCAAUGGAGCUUCUUCGUCAGCUGAAGCCCAACUACUGGUUCUCGGCACAUCUACACGUGAAGUUCACCGCACUGGUUCGACACGCAGACCAAUCCGAGACCAAGUUUCUGGCACUAGACAAAUGUCUGAUGCGACGGCUCCAUCUACAAAUUUUAAACUUGCCUCAAGAAUUUGAUGGGGACAAACGGCUGAAGUAUGAUGCUGAAUGGUUGGCGAUCUUGAAGAACACUAAUCAUCUUCUGUGUGUGAGGAACACUAACCACUACAUGCCGGGCCCCGGCGGAAAUGAAAGGUUCAAUUUCACUCCCACUGAAGAAGAGAAAGCGCUGGUUACAAACUUGAUGGUCAACUACACUGGAUGCGAAGCUAUGCACAUAGAUGAAGAUUCUUUUGCAAGAACUGCUCCAAUUUACAUGCCGGACAAUAGGGCUCCCGCAGGGGGGGUGGCGCAGGGGCCGGUGGCCAACCCGCAGACAAUGAACCUCUGUGAGGUGUUGGGCAUCGAUGACCCAGUGCAGGUGAUAAUGGCCAGGUCAGGACGUGAAAUGACGCCUGCGAGCAUCGCCCUACACAGGAAUUACGUGGCGACUCUCAACAGCUACACCCCCGGCUUGGGGCAGGGCGCGGGGCCGAGCGUGGGGGCCUCCACUCCCAGCAGAUACCGCAUGAGUCUGUCGCUGCCCCCGCCCAUCACUCCCUCUGAGGUAGACCAGAUCAUAGUGGACACGGCUGGCGCCGGCUUAUUGCCGACAGGCAUCGAUUUCGGCCCUGUGUACGUGCCGCCUAUCAUUGGAUUGCCAUACACACAAACCAGCGCGUCCAUGGCGAGUGAAACUGAAAUGGAAACUGAGUCGGCCGCAGAGCCUGGUGACGAGGCUGCGGGCCUCAUGCCGCCGCCGCCCGCGCCCGGGCCCAGCGCGCCCUCCACGCCCAUCGCCCCGGCUGACCAUGCCGAAAACUCGGAUGAAAUGAUGGCUACGGAUAGCGAAGCCAUGGACACUGACAAUGAUACUCCAGCUGCAGCUGCCAUAGACAACACCAACACAGUCAAUGUUGCUACUCCUGAGAAUGCGUCCCCUGGCCCUGCUUCAGACUGUAGCACCCCGGUGUCAUCAGGGAAGAAGACGUUCAAGCGGCGCAAUCAGGCCAUGUAUACCCCAGACGACGGGGCCGGCACCUCGGCGUCUGACGAUGAAGGCAUCUCCCCGUGUAAAAAGACCUAAACAAGUUAUUAAACUAAACGAUUGCAUAAUUCCUAUUAGAAGUAUCUUCAUUGACACUUUUAAUUAACAUCAAUGUACGAGUAUUCUAUGUAUUUGUUCGGAAAUCAAUGUUUAGAUGUUAGAUGUUUCUGAUAUUAUCGGUACGAUAUAAUGUACUUGUAUUAGUGCCCAUGUGCAGCGGGACCAUUCUUCAUCUAAGUCGCCCAUUCAGCGGCUCGUAAUAAAAAACGACUCGAAGGGCAUGUGGUUGAGAAUUGGCUUUCCCUCACUGGAUAUAUUAGGUGUAAGUUACAUACCUACUGCAUAACUUAUAAAUGUUUAAUGCACAUACAUCGUGAUCGUGAGUUGGUCCACUUUAUCGACUAUGUUUGUACCUUCCUGUAAGUAGUUAGUCCCAGUAAUGCAUAAUUCUUAAAGUUUGAUCUGCUAAAAGCUCUCAGAUGUAAAUAUUAUUUUAAGUUUAUUCUAAAAGCAUUUAAGUUGUAUCAUAAUCAUGCUAUCGUGCGUUUUUAUUUAUUCUCUUUUUGCGUGGUACUGUCCGUGCAUUGGCCUGCUGCAUAUGUUAAGGAUACCAUCGAUUCCGCGACAGUACCUACCAUAAAGUGCGUUAGUUUAUUUACUUCUAUGGUACCUACAUAUUAUGUACAUGUACAACAUGAAUUAAAUAUUUUUGACUAUUAUUUUUAUGUUACAGCUUUAAGAAAUUAGUAAGAACGUGUAUAAUAUUUUUUUUAUAUAAAAUGCUAAAUUUAGACUGGUGGUUUAUGGAUAGUAAAAUAUUAGGGAAAUUUAUAUUUAAUUUUAUGCCUUUACCAUCGAAAUUUACAGUAUCAUAUUUAUAUUUUCUGUCCUAACGACUGAGGUUUAAAAAAAAUUAAAGAUGAAUAUUUUUAUUGUACUUUUUAAGAACCUUUAUUAACAACAUUGUUUUCAUAAGAAAAUUACAGUAAAUAGUGAAGCAGUAUCUAUAUAAGUUAAUAUUAAUUCUAAAUAUCAGGUGUAGGUAAUUUUCACCUAGAACUUAUAGGACCUAAAGGUUUGUGUUAAGUUGUAAUGAAAUUAUUUACUACUUAUGUACAUUUCUGUUGUUUUUGUAGCCUAUAUUUUAAGGCUAUGUCCAGUUUACAUUUCAAACAUAAUUAUUCGAAAGUACUUAACUAAAUGUUAAUAAAUGGAUGUGUUUCGAUGUAUGUACUGUAAUCCUGACAAAUAAACAGGCAAUAUAAAAAAUAUCUAUAUUAUUAUUACAUCUUACUAUAUACAAACUUAAUUUUAAAUUAUCCGAAAUAUCCUGAUACAGAUCUGCAGACAUCAUUGUUCUGCCUAAGUUAAAAUUAUACAAAAGAUGUAAGUACAGGUAUUGUUGUGAAAGCUUACUCUACAUACCUAAUACACACACAUAUAUAUAUAUAUUUUACAUUAUGGAGACAAAUAUUAUUUAUUUUGGCAUCAAAUUAAUUAAUAUACAUUACCUUAAUUUUUAGUACGUCUUCCGAAUUAUCCUGGAUAUAUAAUACAGAGUGGCCAU